AUGGUUGGAGAUGGCGAAGGAAUAGCGUGGAAAGUCCUUGAUGUGGAAUCUCAUUAUCCAAAAGAACUUGGGGGGUCUCUGGAGUUGUCCAACAACACCUUCUUUUCACUGAGGAUCAAAAAUGCGACAAGCCAAAACAGUGGGACAUACAAGUGCAUUUUGGGGGAACGGAGCGGGGAACACAAUUUGAGCAGCACAGUCACAUUAAAAGUAACAGGUUGCCCUGGGGUAGAAGAUGAAAAAUUAAAAAAAUAUAAAGCUGAGCUUUUCAUGCUGACUUGCCUUGGGAUUUUUUACUUGCUGCUCAUCUUUUUCACCUGUACAUGUCUAAGAAGAGAGAGUAUGUCUCUCAAUCAUAAAAAAACUAGACCAGAUAUGAAACACAUGCUCACCCUCAUCAAUGUACAUGAAAUGACAACUUUCCAGGAUUCAAGCAGCAACGGCACUUGCAAAAAUGAACUUUCUUCAAGUUCUGUCUAA